ACGGGCGAGGUGGCACACGUCUGUCGUCCCAGCUAGUCAAGAGGCUGAGGAAGAAUGGCUUGAACCCGGGAAGCGGAGGUUGCCGUGAGCUCAGAUCGCACCGUUGCACUCCAGCCUGGGCGACAGAGCAAGACUCCAUCUCAAAAAAACAAAAACGGAGAGCUCUGGACAGGCUGCUUUUCAUUUUGGUGGGUCCAUCCAGCACCUCCAUGUGCCCUGUUUUUCUCCAGGCACAUCCUUGGCCUCUUCCACAGUCCUUGGGUUUUGAAACAUGAAUCCUACAUUCAUCCUCGCUGCCCUUUGCCUGGGAAUUGCCUCAGCUACUCUAACAUUUAAUCACAGUUUAGAGGCACAGUGGACCAAGUGGAAGGCGAUGCACAACAGAUUAUAUGGCAUGAAUGAAGAAGGAUGGAGGAGAGCAGUGUGGGAGAAGAACAUGAAGAUGAUUGAACUGCACAAUCAGGAAUACAGCCAAGGGAAACACAGCUUCACAAUGGCCAUGAACACCUUUGGAGACAUGACCAGUGAAGAAUUCAGGCAGGUGAUGAAUGGCUUUCAAAACCGUAAACCCAGGAAGGGGAAAGUGUUCCAGGAACCUCUGUUUUAUGAGGCCCCCAGAUCUGUGGAUUGGAGAGAGAAAGGCUACGUGACUCCUGUGAAGAAUCAGGGUCAGUGUGGUUCUUGUUGGGCUUUUAGCGCUACUGGUGCUCUUGAAGGACAGAUGUUCCGGAAAACUGGGAAGCUUGUCUCACUGAGUGAGCAGAAUCUGGUAGACUGCUCUGGGCCUCAAGGCAAUGAGGGCUGCAAUGGUGGCCUGAUGGAUUAUGCCUUCCAGUAUGUUGCCGACAAUGGAGGCCUGGACUCUGAGGAAUCCUAUCCAUAUGAGGCAACAGAAGAAUCCUGUAAGUACAAUCCCGAGUAUUCUGUUGCUAAUGACACCGGCUUUGUGGACAUCCCUAAGCAGGAGAAGGCCCUGAUGAAGGCAGUUGCAACUGUGGGGCCCAUUUCUGUUGCUAUUGAUGCAGGUCAUGAGUCCUUCAUGUUCUAUAAAGAAGGCAUUUAUUUUGAGCCAGACUGUAGCAGUGAAGAUAUGGAUCACGGUGUGCUGGUGGUUGGCUAUGGAUUUGAAAGCACAGAAUCAGACAACAGUAAAUAUUGGCUGGUGAAGAACAGCUGGGGUGAAGAAUGGGGCAUGGGUGGCUACAUAAAGAUGGCCAAGGACCGGAGAAACCAUUGUGGAAUUGCCUCCGCAGCCAGCUACCCCACCGUGUGAGCUGGUGGACAGUGGUGAGGAAGGACGUGACUGGGGAUGGCGCAUGCAUGGGAGGAAUUCAUCUUCAGUCUGCCAGCCCCUGCUGUGUCGGAUACACACUCGAAUCAUUGAAGAUCCCAGUGUGAUUUGAAUUCUGUGAUAUUUUCACACUGGUAAUUGUUACCUCUAUUUUAAUUACUGCUAUAAAUAGGUUUAUAUUAUUGAUUCACUUACUGACUUUGCAUUUUUGUUUUUAAAAGGAUGUAUAAAUUUUUACCUGUUUAAAUAAAAUUUUAAUUUCAAAUGUA